AUGACAGAAACAAUGAUUCCUGAUCAUUCAAAUACAAUGAUAACAGACAAUGGUCAAACAACGAAUUCUAAUGAAAAAAAAAUUACACUUCAAGAUGUACCACGUUUACCACGUGAACUUACUCCAUUUGCACCAUUUAUAAAUGUUAUUGAAUAUGAUCAACGUGGUCCAUUAUUUCAAGGACCUGGAUCAAAACGUGACACAGGACGUUAUAAAGUUCGACCAGUUGAUGAUGAUAAUGUUAAACGUGCAAAAAAAUUUGCGUUGGAACAAAGUGUUAAAUAUGUUCUUGUUAGACAACAACAACAUCAACAACGGGCACAAUUAGAUUUAAUCAAAAAACAACAAGCACUUUUAUUAAUGUGUCGAAUCUAUAUUGGAAGUAUUAAUUUUGAAUUAAAUGAAGCUAUGCUUAAACAAGCAUUUCAACCAUUUGGUCCAGUGAAAUCAGUUUCAUUAACAUUUGAUCCAGUAACUAAUCGUCAUAAAGGUUUUGCUUUUCUUGAAUAUGAAACACCUGAAGCAGCACAAUUAUCUAUUGAACAAAUGAAUGGAGUUAUUCUAGGUGGAAGAAAUAUUAAAGUUGGUCGACCUUCGAACAUGCCACAAGCACAACCCAUUAUUGAUCAAUUAACAGAAGAAGCAAAAAAUUAUAAUCGAAUUUAUGUUGCUUCUAUUCAUCCAGAUUUAACUGAAACAGAUAUUCAAAGUGUAUUUGAAGCUUUUGGAAAAAUUAAAAGUUCUUCAGUGGCAAAAGAUACAGCAACAGGAAAACAUAAAGGUUAUGGUUUUAUUGAAUAUGAAACAGUUCAAGCAGCGCAAGAUGCAAUCAAUUCAAUGAAUUUAUUUGAUCUUGGUGGACAAUAUCUACGAGUAGGAAAAGCGAUAACACCACCUGAAGGUUUAUUUGCUUCGACUCAACCAAUAGCAAGUCAAAUGCCAACAGCUGCGGCAUUAGCUGCUGCUACAAUCACAGCUCAACUACAAGCUAGUGAUGUUGAAACUAAUGCGCCAUCCAUUGUUACUACUUCACAAAUUAUCAAUAAUCCAUUAACACAAGUUGGUUUUCUUGGUGGUACUAUUGCACCAACAACAGUUGCAGCUGCUCUUUCGGCUGCUUCUUAUGGUGGUGCAUCAGCUGUAACAUCCAUGAUUUCUACUAUACUCAAUACAACUGCUGCCAUACCAAAUGUAAUUCCUCAACCAUCAAUUAUUGGUUCACCUGGAAUUCUUUCGAAUUUUGCGACACCACUUGUCAGUAAUCUUCCUACUUCUACACCAACACCACAAACGCUAAAACCACCUCCGCCUCCUCAGCUAAUUAUUCCUCCACCACCAUCAUCAUUAACAAUACCUCAACCUACUCUAUUAGAAGAACCACCAAUACCUGUUGGAUUAAAAGUUGAUUUACAAUCCCAACAACAACAACAACAACAACAACAACAACCACCGCAACAACAACAAUAUCCAUCAAUUUCACUUGUUCUACCAAAAAAUCCAUCAUCAAAUAAUUUAGAUAUAACCGACAGUCAAAAAACUGUUUCAGAUUUAAAAAAUACUGAUGAUCCGUUGGCUAGUUUAUCUCAACAAGAAGAGCUUAGUGUUAAAGGUCGUGAACAACGGCAUUUACUAAUGCAAAAAUUAAAUCAACGUCGACUUGAUUCACGUGUAUGUGUAUUAAGAAAUAUGGUUAGUUCAGAAGAAGUUGAUGAUGAUUUACAACAAGAAAUUACAGAAGAAUGUUCAAAAUAUGGUGAAGUUAAUAAAGUUGUUAUUUACACUGAAAAACAAGGCGAAGAAGAUAAUGCAGAACAAAUUGUGAAAAUUUUUGUGGAAUUUAAAAAUAGUAAAGAAGCAGAAAAAUCAGCUGAAUCACUUAAUGGUCGAUGGUUUGGUGGUCGAAUGAUAAAAGCUGAAUUAUAUGAUCAAGUUGCUUAUCAAGCUGAAGAUCUUUCUGGUUAA